GUACCAGACAUGGGGGCUCUGAUUUCGCUACCCUUCGCCGGGGUGCUAGGAACUGUGGGUUCAUCAUGCCUCGCGGGUGUUGCAUUCUGUUUUACGUCGACCGCCGCGUCGAUGUUCACAAAGAGUUGCAACUGCAAUAGCUCCAUUGCAACCCGUGUUGCCUUCGCUCUGAUCUUUGCGUUGAACUCCAUGCUGGCGUGGUUCAUGAAGACGCGGAUUGCUAUUGACCUCAUUCGGAAAUGGAGCUACGACUAUAUCAAGAUGGAUUGCGAGGGUGGCAAGUGCUAUGGAGUGCUCGCGGUCCACCGCAUUUGCUUUUCUCUGGCGCUGUUUCACUUCCUUGUCGGGCUGUCAUUGAUUGGCGUGAAGGAUACGAAGGACAAACGGGCUGCUAUCCAGAACGGUUGGUGGGGCCCGAAGGUCCUGCUUUGGUUAGUUCUGGUCGUCGUCUCGUUCUUCAUCCCGAAUGGUUUCUUCAUGUUCUGGGGGAACUACAUCGCCCUCAUCGGCGCCACGCUCUUCAUCCUCCUCGGCCUCGUCCUGCUCGUCGACUUCGCCCACUCCUGGACCGAGACAUGCCUCCAGAACUGGGAAAACUCCGACUCGGGCCUCUGGCAAUGGAUACUGAUCGGCACGACUGCCGGCGCAUACGUGGGCACGAUCGCGCUCACCGGCGUCCUCUACGGCUUCUUCGCCAAGUCUGGCUGCGGCCUCAACCAGUUCUUCAUCUCCACGAAUCUCGCGCUGUGCGUCAUCAUCACCGCACUAUGCAUCCACCCGCGCGUGCAGGAAGCCAAUCCGCGUUCCGGCCUCGCCCAGUCCGGCAUGGUCGCCGCGUACUGCACCUACCUCAUCAUGUCCGCUAUAGGUAACCACCGGCACGAGAGCUGCAACCCGCUCCGAGGUGGAACAGGUACGACUACCGUCGUCCUGGGGGCGGCCUUCACGUUCCUUGCGAUCGCGUACUCAACCACGAGGGCUGCGACUCAGAGCCGCGCGCUGGUAGGGAAGAGGCGGGAUUACGGCGCCGUGCAGCUCCCGCAUGACGAUGACGUGCUUCAUCAUUCGGAGAUGGGUGUGGUGAACACACAACCGAGUCGAACGGAGAACCCACGCUACCAAGCCCUACUUGCAGCCGUGGAAGCGGGAGCCAUUCCUGCUUCUGCGCUGGAGGAAGAAGAAGACGAGGACGAUGAUGAAGGGGUUGUCGGCGAACUUCGUGAUGAUGAACGUUCGGGAACCCGCUACAAUUAUGCCUGGUUCCAUGUCAUCUUCGCAAUAGCGGCCAUGUAUGUGGCCAUGCUCCUCACCGAUUGGAACGUCGUGAAGGAAGACAAGAAAGACCCCGACCAAGACGUCUACAUUGGUCGAUCGGAAACAGCGAUGUGGAUGCGUGUGGUGUCGAGCUGGGUAUGCAUGCUACUGUACAUCUGGAGCCUGAUUGCACCCGUCGUCAUGCCCGAUAGGUUCGGCGACCUUUAAUCAUGGACAUUUGUAUGAUAUUGUACGUGUAGUAUGUUAAUUCCAACAGUCUAACCUGGAGGGAGCAUUAUUUCGGCAAAACGAAUUUCCCUCAUCAGCCCCGUCAUCCUCGAAAAGAGACAGUGUCCUUGAUAUGUAUAUGAACC